UAUUAUAAUUGCCAUACAUUAAUCCAGGUUUUGAACGUUAGUGACCAAAAUUGCCAGAUUGUGUAGGAAAUACACUACAUAAAAUUAAAACAACCGGUCGCCGCAACCUGGCAACCCGAUCCAAUGGGCUUGGGCGCAGCUGCUCUAUGCGCAAGAAGACGGGACAGCGUUUUGCAUUAAAAAAAUCCAUGUACACCUGCACAUUUAAGUAGUUUGAGUAAAAGGAGUCAGAGGAAUUAUAGCUAAAAAUGUGGCACACCGAACAAGAGAGAGAGGGAAAGCGAGAAGCCAUCGCUAGCUCCUAAGCUAAAGCGACCGUGUAAACAUCUGUAGGAUUUAGCAAGAGUCGUUAAACGAAUCAUAAAGCUGUGGGUGGUGAAGCAGAACUAAUUAAGUUUAAAUUAAUAGCGGAUAACUUGCAGCUGUACUAAAGAAUCUUCACAAAAUUAACUAUAUUAAGAUAGAGCAUGCACUGAGCAGGAACACGCUCCGGGGUCCGGAAAUGAGACAACACGUUUAUAAAAGAGGGGGCCAUGCUAAUCUUCUCUUUAUCUACACGCUUACCACAGCACGCCUGGUCAAGAGUCCGCUCAUUAUCUUGUGAAUAUAUCAGUCUUCAGGUAUAAGUGUUGGCUAUGUGUCAGUGGUAACAGAAUUAAGACUCAUAAAACCAAUGCAUGCGGCGUGGGAGGGAUUGAUUGAUUGAUUGAUGGGUCUACCUGUCUUAUAACUGGGUGUUUGAAUUCUGUUUGUGGCAUCAUCUCCUGAAAAGUUCAGUGCAGGCAGAUUGGGACUAGACUUACAAUUUACAAUGCUGCUUGCACCUGUGUUAUUUUUGUUUGCGUCUUCCGUGAAGGUUGUCUCAGGGGCAGAUUGGUGCUAUCAGUCCCAAGUUACAUGCAAUGAAACCUGCAAAGGUCCAGACCUAUGGGGAGUGGUUUCAAAACAGUGCAGCGGCAGAGCUCAGUCUCCAGUUAACAUUGUUACAGGGAGAGUGCUACCAGAAGAACGUCUCACUCCUUUUCACUUCAUUGGCUAUCAAGACACUUUUAAUGGUCACCUCAUAAACAACGGUCAAAGUGUUCAACUGGAUUUGCCCUCCAGUAUGAGGAUCAUGGGAGGAAAUCUGGCUGUACCAUACAAGGCAUACCAACUUCACCUGCAUUGGGGCCAAGAUGCAGGGCCAGGGUCUGAACACACUAUUGAUGGAGAACAAUUUCCAAUGGAGAUGCAUAUUGUCCACAUAAAAGAAGAAUAUGUCUCUUUGUCCCAGGCUGUAAGAGACCGCACAGGCGUGGCUGUUCUUGGAUUUUUCUUUCAGGAGUCAGAGUCUGCAAAUAAGAAAUUUGAUCCCUUUAUUAAUGCUCUAAAAUAUACCAUACAACCCACAAACAGUACAACAUUGAAGGGUGUGUCUCUGGAAAUGUUAAUUCCUCCUCAGAAGAAUAUGACCAAGUACUUUCGCUAUGAUGGCUCUCUCACUACACCUAGCUGUGCUGAAGUUGUUGUCUGGAGCCUGUUUGAGAACACCAUUCCUCUCAGCAGGAAACAGCUCGCCGCAUUCUCCCAACUUCAGUUUGCAAAUGGGACGCAGAUGGUCAAAAGCUACAGACCAGUGCAGCCCUUGAAUGGACGGCAGGUGUAUUACUCAGGAGGCUAUGUUGCUGUGCUUAGCAGUGGGUUACUCAUGUCAGUGCUGGUAUCCAGUGCAUUGUCCCUGCACACUACAGGGUGAAAGCUCUGUUUAAUUUACUAAACCUUUUAAUGAAGAAUUAUUGCUGUCUAUGUCCACUGAUUGUUAAAUACAUGAAAUAUAAUGUACUUGAUAUUUAAAAGUAAUCUACUGUAUGCACUGUUUGCAAGUUUCUGUGCAGGUUCAAAGAAAACCUCAUGUAUAUUUUACAACUCCCCUCCAUAGCUUGGAAUUUUCUACAACAAACUGCACUGAAGAUGAAAGUUACCAUGUACGAUGACCCAGAGUAAUUUACAGACUAGGGUGCUAAUAGUUGCUAUUACACUCUUGUGUGAUACUGAAGUGUUUCCUUCCUGUCCUGCAGAUAUAAGAACUCUGAACUUUCCCACAGUGCAUACUGUAUUGUCUCAGCUGUUUGAAAAAUAUUGUGCAAUUAAUAAAGUGUGUUUUAUUCCUGCUUUGUAAAACUAUUUUAUUUCACCAGGGGCAGGGGGUUUGUGAGACAAUAAAUGUGGUAUAAAUUUGUA